CACUUGGCUGCUGACACUACUUACCCAAGAUCACCGUUACAUCGAAUACUUUCUCACUGGUGAUCCAACUGUUAGAAUAUUGUCGUUUUGAAGCGCCUAAAAGCCACCACCUCUUUUCAGUUCUUUCUCGUUCCCAGAUCCUCCACCUGAAUCCGGCGAACUUUUGGACCAUCUCUUCAACAGCAGGCGAUCCUCCAACUUUCCUAUUAGUCCAGAACAGAGUUUGUUGGACGAGCUUUGGACACCAUGAGUGAGGUCUUUGAAGGUUACGAACGCCAAUACUGCGAGCUUUCAGCGAAUUUGUUGAAGAAGUGCACGUCAGCGAGUCUUCUUGGUGGAGAGCAAAAGAAGCAGAAGGUUUCUGAAAUAAAAUCUGGACUGGAUGCAGCUGAAUCUUUGAUCCGUAAAAUGGACCUUGAGGCGCGAAAUUUACAGCCAAAUGUAAAGGCUGUGCUUCUGGCAAAGCUAAGGGAAUAUAAAUCUGAUCUGAACAAUUUGAAAAAUGAAGUUAAACGAAUUGCAUCAUCUAAUUUCAACCAGGCUGCACGAGAUGAGUUGUUGGAAUCAGGAAUGCCUGAUUCAUUAACGGUAUCAGCGGAUCAAAGAGCAAGACUGUUAAUGUCGACAGAAAGACUAAACAAGUCCAGUGACAGAAUUAGGGACAGUAGGAGCACCAUGCUGGAGACAGAAGACCUCGGUGUUUCAAUUCUUCAAGAUCUGCAUCAACAGCGACAAUCUCUCUUGCAUGCCAAUAACACGCUUUAUGGGGUGGAUGAUAACAUGAGUCGGAGUAAAAAAAUUUUGACUGCCAUGUCAAGAAGGAUGAGCAGGAACAAGUGGAUUAUUGGUGCUGUCAUCGUGGUUAUUCUUGUUGCUGUCAUCUUAAUCCUGUACUUCAAACUCUCCAAAUAGCCCAGAUGCUCUCUUUGCUUGGGGUUUAUGUUGUUUCCGAAGACAUAUGAAUCUCUCUCUCUCUCUCUCUCUCUCUC